AUGGCGCUGCGUCGUCUUGCGCUUGUGUUCCCUGGUCAGGGCAGCCAACGUGUGGGUAUGGGCAAAGAUCUGCUGGCAGACUGGCCGCGCAUCGUAGGCGACGUACUAGAGGAGGCCAGCGAGGCUACGGGGCUUAGUUUACGGCGAAGGAUGAUGGAAGGUCCGGCCGACGAGCUCACACUCACGCAUGUGGCUCAGCCGGCGCUGCUGUCGAUGUCUGUGGCGGUGCUGCGUGUUUUACAGCAUGAGACGGAGCUGCCGCCUGUGCAUUUCGCUCUGGGUCAUUCACUGGGUGAAUACUCAGCGCUGGUGGCGGCUGGGGCCAUCGAGUUCGCGGAUGCUGCUCGUCUCGUGCACCUCCGCGGAUUGGCCAUGCAGCGAGCUGUUGCGCCUGGUGUAGGCGCCAUGGCGGCUCUGAUGCCCGUACGCCCUGAAGACGCCGAGUCGCUGUGUCAAGAGGUUACAGUUAGCACGGGAAAAGUCUGUCAAGUGGCCAACUACAACUCGAACAAGCAGACGGUCAUCAGUGGCGACGCACAGGCUGUCGCCGCUGUUAUUGCUCAAGCAAAGGCCACCAAAAAGGCACGGCGUGCUAUGCUACUGGACGUUAGUGCUCCUUUCCACUGUGAACUGAUGGAACCCGCAAAGUUGGAGCUGCACGAGCACCUACAACAGUUAUUGCGUGACGAUAAGCUGAAAGAGCCAAACAUUCCUGUAGUGUGGAAUGUCGAAGCGGAGGCGACGCCCAAGACACCCGAGGAGAUCGCUGAGGUCAUGGAGAAGCAGGUCGUGCAUACCGUUCGUUGGAGUGACAGCGUUGACUAUUGUGUGGCCAAGGAAGUGGACCAUUUUUUUGAGUUGGGGGUCGGGUGUGUGCUGAGUGGCCUCAUCCGACAGCAAAUCGGCACGAGCGACGUGUUGACCACGAGCUGCGGUUCAGCAGACGAGGUGAAGGCGUUUCUCAAGCAGUCGAACUAA